AUGCAAGGCAGCAACGUGUGGCCUCGGGUGUCGGGCGGCAGGCUGGUUGGCGGCAGCCUCAUGCUGGCGGCCGUGGUGGUGGGCUCCCUUUACUCAGGCUCCAUCACUGCCUUUCUCACCAUACCCUCCAGGUCUUCACCGAUCAACUCUUUGGAGGAGCUGCUUGAACGCAACCUUGUGCCCGCCAUAAGAAUGUUGAGCAGCCCUUACAAUUUCUUUCUGACGGAGGACUCGGGGCAGCUCGGGGCUCAGGUGCGGAAGGUGAUGGUCGUGUUUAGUGGUGAAGAGGUGACGCAGUGGGAGUUUCUGAAGAAGGUAGCAGACGGUACAUACGGCUUUAUCGACACGGCGAGCUCAGCCAUUGGAAGGUCUGGCCAGUACGAGAAGGUGGGAAAGCCGUGUCUCUUUCACAUAGGCCGUAACCCCGUCAGGAUGGACCUUGAUGCCUUCGCUUACCCUAAAAACAGCCCAGUGAAGCAACAGUUUGAUGAAGUGAUGCGAUGGCUUCAAUAUUUCGGCAUCAUUGAACACUUGAAGAGCCAGUACUACUCGAAGGCGUGUGGUUUUAGUCUUAUCACGGAGGGGCCGAAGCCAAUUAGUCUGAACCAGGCACAGGGAGCAUUUUAUGUCCUUGGUGUGGGCCUCACCGCCGCCUUAGCCACGCUCAUGUUGGAGGCAACACUCUCUCUGACCUGGUGCACUGCUUGAACCAUCCAAGGAGUUUAACGCAAAGAACUCGCAACUGAUACAUAUGGACGAAAAUGUUGAUUCUGGUGCUCUGGUAAAGGGGAGCGUGUAGUUUUUGAGACACUCGUCAGUUAUAUUGCGGUACGAGAUACCAUUCCACGCUUUUUCCUUUCUGAUAAGAUGAAAUUCAAGAAAAUAGAAGAUUAACACAUAUACAAAUCAGUGUCUACCUGUUACGAAUAUCACUCGUAUCUUUGUGCCAUGCUUCAGUGAAUUUGCACAAAAUCAAUGUAUUUUGGGUGUUGUUUUCUUGUCAAAGUAGUUUUUACUAUCUGAUAUUUAUU